AUGGAACGACCGAAAAGAGCAUGUUCUUCGAAGCGUUCAACUUCAACUAUCUCAAAGAAGCAACGAAAUGAAUCAACUAAUUCAAAACCAUCCAUGACAACCUUUGAAGUUUUUAGUAAUGAGUUAAUUUAUAGUAUAUUCGACUACAUGGAUUAUAUAAUGAUUUUUAAGGCGUUUUCACAAUUGAAUAAACGUUUUUCGGAUCUUAUAAAAGCUUAUCCUUCGCGCAUGAUCGAUUUUCCAGCAUGGACAUCGGACAAGUCGAUGUAUCUUACUAUAAUGAACUCUGAACGACAUCGAAUUCAGUCCAUUGCAAUUCGUGGUGACAGAAAUAUUGAUAUAUUCCUCAGGACAUGCUGUAUCGAUAUUACAUUUCUUUGUCUCGAAUCAGUUACACUGAGAGAUCUUGAGCUGAAAUCUGUCUUACCUAUACUCUCAUUUUUACAAACAUUACCCGAACUUCAUCGAUUGUCCUUACAAAUGGAAGCAAUUGCUGUAAUUGGAGGAGAAUCCUUGAAUAUGACAGCUAUCUAUCAAAUGUUGUUAAGUUUUAAGUUUCUCAAAUAUCUUAACGCUUCAACGAAUUAUCGUAUUACCGAAGAUACUGUUUUUUACAUUAACCUUCCAUCGAUUUCGAAUCAAGAAACAUGUAAUCUAGAAUACUUGAUAGUUGAUCACGGAAUCCGUAUCGAUGAAAUAUUAUCAAUUAUUAACCACACACCUAAACUUCAUCAUUUGUCCCUUACGUCACUAAACGGAGGACAUAUUCCUCUAAAAGAUAUAUCAUCUAGAGUGCCAAAAUUACUAGAACUAACUGAACUGAUCAUUCAUGAUUCUAGUCUAAAUGUUGAAGACUUCGAAUCUCUUCUGACUGCAUUUGGUUGCCGAUUGAAAACUUUAGAGAUUGAAACAGAUUCAUAUGCAAGCUUUUGCAUUGAUGAACAAUGGGAAAAACUACUGAACACAACACUUUCUGAUCUGAACAUCUUUGGGAUACAGUUCAAUAAGCAAAAACCAGCUGACGAAUUUGAUGAAGAUGAAGAUGAUGAAGCUGAAAUUGAAUGCCGUAUUCAAAGUUCGCUUGAUUUCAUGUGUGACUCAUUUUGGUACGAUAAUGGUUGGACGGCAGACAUUUAUGUUUUUACCAAUUCAGUUCAAGCUGUGUUUCGUCGUUCUAGGUAA